AUGGAGGAGGGCUCCAGCUCGCCCGUGUCCCCCGUGGACAGCCUGGGCACCAGCGAGGAGGAGCUGGAGCGGCAGCCCAAGCGCUUCGGCCGGAAGCGGCGCUACAGUAAGAAGUCGAGCGAGGAGGGCAGCCCGACCCCGGGCAAGCGCGGGAAGAAAGGCAGCCCGAGCGCGCAGUCCUUCGAGGAGCUGCAGAGCCAGCGCAUCUUGGCCAACGUGCGCGAGCGCCAGCGCACGCAGUCGCUCAAUGAGGCCUUCGCCGCGCUGCGCAAGAUCAUCCCCACGCUGCCGUCGGACAAGCUGAGCAAGAUCCAGACGCUCAAGCUGGCCGCCAGAUACAUAGACUUCCUCUACCAGGUCCUGCAGAGCGACGAGAUGGACAAUAAGAUGACCAGCUGCAGCUACGUGGCCCACGAGCGCCUCAGCUACGCCUUCUCCGUGUGGCGCAUGGAGGGUGCGUGGUCCAUGUCCGCCUCGCACUAGCGCCGCGCCUCCCGCCUCCGGACCCGCGCGCCCGGGCCGUCCCGCGUCUGGGGCAUGAGCAGAGCUGGGCUGUAUCCGGACCUCGACCUGGACGACCCCAAGGACCCUGACGACCCCACGGAGGCAGCGCGUGGGACGGGAAGGCAGCAGCGCCGGCCGCGAGCCACUCCCCCAGAGCCGUCCUCCAGGCACAAGGGCACGGCCACCCGCCCUCCCGGGGACGCCCCCUGGUCACCACUGGCUCUCCGGGAGUUUCCAUCUGGGUUCCGUUUUGGGGGGGCCCGUGUGUUUUGAGGCUCCCUGGAGUCAGGAACUUUGAUAAGGAUUUGGGUUUUGCAUUUGUAUCUCCUCCUAAGUGCCUUCCUAAUGUAUAUUUUUUUAAUAAAACACAAAUGCGCUCUUGUACAAUUCUGUGUAAGCCGGACCCUGGCUCUCGCGAGGGAACCCCGAGUGCCGCCCCUCCCCCGCCGCUCUCUCCGGGGCUGGCUCAGCCCCCCCCCCCUUUUUUUUGUAUUUUCUGUUUCAGUGUAUAUGUUGCUUCCGUGUUUUAUUUAUUGAGAUAUUUUUACGAGCUAAGCGACGGCAGUGUGGCUGUGUGUACCGCCCCCGCCCCUCCCCCGCCCAGGAGCA